UUCAUUACUCCUUUCAUUCUAACUACAUUCAUUACUGUAGCCUUCAUAAAAAGCUGCAAUUUAGAAAUAACACAAUGUUCAUGCUGCAACACUAGAGCUAUAAAAGUGCAUAGGAGUGUAUAGGAGAUGUAUCUAAAUAAAUAAUACGUAACAACAUACAUAUGCAUUAAUGAGAAAUACACACACACACACACACACACACACACACUCACAGACAUACACAAAACCACAGGGUAUGUGUGACUCCACCCUAAGUUCAAGGUAGAUAGCAAGUAGAAGUUGGGUAAGUGAGCUCAUUGAUUUGUGUCUCAAAAGGUAAGCCUGUAAAUUUUGGUCUUAUAAUGAUUUGCUAAUGGUCGUUUAACUUUUUUUAAAAAUUGAAAGCCCAAGCAUUCAGGUUAAUUGCUAACAGCUACAAAAAGAAAAAGAUACACAAUUGACUCAGGACUAUUUGAGCCAGUGAAUAUUGACAUAUUUUGUCUCUUCAAUGUAUUUUAAUGUAUUUGAGGACAUACAUUUCAUGUAAAUGCAGAAUGUCAAUGUUUUUUCCUGUCAAUUUGGUUUCUUAUCCAGCAUGAACUGACUGUUGACUCUUCAGAACAGAUACCAGAUCAGACAGAUCAGAUCAGAGAUAAAAGGGCAUCACAAAAGACCGACAAAGCACCAGCAUAUUUUCCAACCGCAGCAAACAGCAAUUUGAAGAGAAAAUGAUUGAGCUGAGCUUCUUCUUCUGAUGUAGUUUUGAAGAAAGACACACCAUGUCAGGUGAUCUUAACGCAGAGCCUGAGAGUGACAUUCUUGACAUCUAUGGAGAUGGAGGUGCUGAAGGGUUAAGUGAUGAUAAAGAAGCUCAAACACUUGUUGAAGAAUUCAAAAACUUUUCAUCAGAUGCUGCAGUAAAGAAGGUUAAAGAAGACAUUGACACUCUGGAUCAUGUGACACUCAACAUAGGUGUCACUGGAAAUACAGGAGCAGGAAAGUCCUCCUUCGUGAACGCCAUACGGGGUCUGAGUAACGAUGAUGAGGGAGCAGCUGACACAGGAGUGACGGAGACCACCAUGACACCGACACCAUACCCGCAUCCCACAAUGCCAAAUGUCACCAUAUGGGAUCUGCCAGGUAUCGGUACUCCCAACUUUAAAGCAAAGAUGUAUCUGUCUGAUGUCCAUUUUGAACGCUAUGACUUCUUCAUCAUUCUCACAUCGGAGAGAUUCAAAGAGAAUGACAUUAAUCUGGCCAAAGCGAUCAAGCAGAAGAAACGACUGUUUUAUUUCAUUCGCUCAAAGAUCGACAACGACAUCAAUGCAGAAAACAGAAGAAGAGACUUCAAUGAGGAGAGGCUGUUAGAUAAGAUCAGAGAGGACUGUAAGAAGAACUUGAGUAGUGUUGGAAAGCCACAGGUUUUUCUGGUUUCCUCCUUUAAUUUGAACGACUAUGAUUUCAACAGGUUUAUGGACAGCCUUGAGAAAGAACUCCCAGAAAAAAAGAAGCAUGCCCUCAUCCUUUCUCUACCAGUCUACUCCUUAGAGGCAUUGGACAGGAAGAAGAAGCACCUACAGAAGAUGAUCUGGCUCACAGCUUUUGGCUCAGGCGCAAUAGCUGUGGUUGCUAUCCCAGGCCUUACAGUGCCAUGUGAUUAUGGAAUCAUCAUGUCAUUUCUAGAAAGUGUUUUCAGAUCUUUUGGGCUUGAGGAUACAUCUUUGCAGAGGCUUGCAACAAGAGUGAGACUGAACUGGAAGGACUUAAAAGCUGAAAUAAAAUCAAGGUUUAAAGAUGGAGUCACAACUGAUGCAGUAACAUCUUUGUUGGCAACGCCUUCAAUGGCCUCUAUCAUGACGCUCAAGGGGCUCAUGAGUGGUAUAAUCCCAUUUAUGCAGCUACCAGCUGGAGCCAUUUCAGUGGCUGUCAUACACUAUCUGCUCAACAAAGGCCUCAAUGAAAUGGAAAAUGACGCCAAAUCUGUGCUGGAAAAAGCAAGACUGCACCAAGUGUAGAUUUCAUAACUGAGUGUUGUAGACUGGAAUCUGUUGUAUUAUAGUGUAGUUUUGUUUUGACAUAAUACUCUCUGAAGAUCAAACUCUGUACAUGAAAGUGAAUGUGUGAUCAUAAAUGCUCAAACUGUAUUUACUAGUUAAUUCUGGAACAGUAAGGAUGAAUAACAAUGCAUGUUUUCUCCUCAUACUUAACUUGGUAGGAUCAAUCAUAUGUGUAUUAAGAAUGUAACAAUAAUAAAUCAUACUCUUCAGAAAAACAUAUCAGUCAUUUAAUGUGAAGAUAAUUGUAAGUAAAAUAUGUUUGUACGAUGUAUUGAUACAUUUGACUUUCAUAAAUAGAUCCUUAAGUGCACUGACUCUUUUCAUUGUCUGCUUUAGAGGAAGCAUCACUAA